AUGCUCAAUCAUGCAGGGUUGCACCUGAGGCCUACGCCAAAGGCAAGCUUCGUGCGCCUCGCUAAACACAGAGCGGCGCAGGGUCCAAGACAUCGACAAGCAUGGCUAUUGAGACCGUCGCAACUGAGAUCACAAUCAACGGCAGCCGCCGCGCAACCUGUAGAAGAUGUUACCUCGGCACUCCUUCAGUCGCAGUCUCUUGCUAGGAAAUCUGAGGCUAGAUUCAACGAGAUUGGCGUUCAACACCUCAGCGCCUAUGUCUACAACCAAGUCUUUCCCUCUGGCAGCAAGCCACCGCCCAAGGAACUAGUCGAGCUCUCAAAAGAUCAUUUACGGCGGCAUGAUCUUCUUGGAAAAAACACCGACAACACCCCGCCGAUUGCCUUUGACGUGCCUCCGAUUCAGGGACAGAGUCUCGACGAACACUUUCACAAGCUGGGAGUCGACUGUGCCGAACCAUUCCUGAGCCAUGCAAAGCAGUUUGCCAGGGAAAAUGCACCUCCGCGACCGAGGAAAUGGGUGCGCCGAAGUGGCUGGACCAAGUACUACAGCGACGGACGCACCGAGGCUGUCGAGGCGCCCGACGACAAGCUCUUGUGCUUUGAUACCGAGGUCAUGUGGAAGGAGAGCUCUUUCGCCGUCAUGGCUUGCGCAAUGAGUCCAAACGCAUGGUACGCCUGGCUUUCGCCUUGGUUGCUGGGUGAAUCACAGGAUGACAAGCACCUUAUUCCGCUGGGUGACCCAUCCCAAGAUCGAAUCAUAGUCGGCCACAAUAUUGGAUACGAUCGCGCCAGGAUACUCGAAGAAUACGACCUGAAGCAAACGCGUAAUUGCUUUCUGGAUACCAUGUCACUGCAUGUAGCAGUAAAUGGCAUGUGUUCCCAGCAGCGACCCACGUGGAUGAAGCAUAAGAAGAGCAGGGAGCUUCGGGACAAAAUCUCCAAGGAAACGAAUAAUGCUGAACUCGCUACUCUGCUGGCCAACAACAAUUUUAGGGAAGAGGAGGAGGAGCUAUGGAUCGAACGAAGCGCAAUCAACUCGCUCAGGGACGUUGCCAAGUUCCAUCUUGAUGUAACAUUGGACAAGGCUGCCCGUGAUGAAUUCGGCGACUCGAGCCGCGAGGAAAUUCUCGGCAGGUUGGACCACCUUUUGGAUUAUUGUGCCGCCGACGUCGCCAUUACUCACAAGGUGUACAAAAUUGUCUUUCCAAACUUUCUCGAGACGUGUCCACAUCCCGUCAGCUUUGCAGCCCUACGGCAUCUUUCGGCUGUUAUUUUGCCAGUCAAUGAGUCGUGGGAUGCCUACAUUGCCAACGCCGAGGCAACAUAUCACCGGCUCUCCGAUGCCGUCACUGAACGGCUGGUCGGGCUCACAGACAAGGCCAUUGCAAUCAAAGACGAUACGAAAAAGUGGGAGAAUGAUCCAUGGUUACGACAAUUGGAUUGGUCUGGUAUGGAGAUCAAAAUGGUUAAGGGCAAAAAGAAGGGGGACCCUCCAAGGCCCGCCGCUCGUCAAAAGAUGCCGGGCAUGCCAAGAUGGUACAAGGAUCUUUUCACCAAGAAGGACAUGCCAAUCAAUAUCACUGUGAGAACUCGAGUGGCUCCGCUGUUGCUGAGAUUGGCGUGGGACGGAUACCCAUUGCACUGGUCCGACAAGUAUGGCUGGACAUUUAGGGUUCCGGUCAAGGAUAAAUCAAAAUAUGCCGAGACUCAACUCGUGCGUUGCGAUAUGAGCGACGAACCGAUUGAAGCCAUCAAGGAGGAUCGUGGAGGCUUCUACAUUAAACUUCCUCACAAGGACGGCCCUACAGCACGAUGUGCGAAUCCGCUGGCCAAAGGGUAUCUGUCAUAUUUUGACAAGGGAACACUAUCUUCCGAAUUUGCGUAUGCCAAAGAAGCGCUCGAAAUGAAUGCUUCCUGCUCGUAUUGGAUCAGCGCACGGGACAGAAUCAUGUCGCAAAUGGUGGUCUAUGAGGACGAAAAGACAAACGCAGUAGCCAAAACUUCCGCGGAAUCGCACAAGCAGGGCUACAUUCUCCCACAGAUUAUACCAAUGGGUACAAUCACGCGCAGAGCUGUCGAGAACACAUGGCUCACGGCCAGCAACGCAAAGAAAAAUCGUGUCGGUUCCGAGCUCAAGGCAAUGGUACGAGCACCACCAGGCUAUUCUUUUGUUGGUGCAGAUGUCGACUCGGAGGAGCUUUGGAUUGCGAGUGUCAUUGGAGAUGCCAUUUUCAAGCUACACGGUGGCAAUGCCAUUGGCUUCAUGACAUUGGAGGGUACCAAGGCCGCGGGUACUGAUUUACACUCUCGUACUGCUUCGAUUCUGGGCAUUACGCGUAAUGAUGCCAAGGUCUUCAAUUAUGGGCGUAUCUAUGGCGCCGGGCUCAAGUUUGCCGCUACACUCCUACGCCAAUUUGACCCAAGUCUGUCAGAAGCCGAGACGCUCGAAACGGCUGGCAAGCUGUACGCCAAUACUAAGGGCACCAAGACGAACCGCAAAGCGCUUUACAAACGACCAUUCUGGCGAGGCGGUACCGAGUCUUUUGUCUUUAACAAACUUGAGGAGUUUGCCGAACAAGACCGGCCACGCACACCAGUCCUAGGCGCUGGCAUUACGGAAGCUCUCAUGGGUCGCUUUGUCAGCAAAGGCGGUUUCCUUACCAGUCGAAUCAACUGGGCUAUACAGUCGAGUGGUGUCGACUAUCUGCACCUGCUCAUUGUCGGAAUGGACUAUCUGACCAGACGUUUUAACAUUAAUGCCCGUUUGGCAAUUACCGUCCACGAUGAGAUUCGCUACCUUGUCAAGGACGAGGACAAGUACCGUGCUGCCAUGGCAUUGCAAGUGGUCAAUUUGUGGACCAGAGCCAUGUUUGCACAGCAGGUCGGCAUUGAUGAUCUACCACAGGCCUGCGCAUACUUUUCCGCAAUAGACAUUGAUCACGUGCUGAGGAAGGAGGUUGACAUGGACUGUGUCACGCCCAGUCACUCGACGGCCAUUGCCCCGGGAGAGAGUCUUGACAUUUUCCAGCUUUUGGAGAAGGGCCGGGAGGCAUAUCUUGACCCAUCAAUCAUCCCCGAAAAGUAUGCGCCCAAGCUGAACGAUAUCCCGUACACGCCGCGCAUCCCCGUCAUGGCAUCCCUCAGCGAUGCGACCUCGAUGAACGAUCUUUCUUUCCUAAAGGCCCAAAUCACCGACGAUGAGGCUGAACUGAAGGAAAUCUUGAAGAAUCAAAAGAAGAUUACCGUCUCUGGUGCUGGUGGGUCCGGUACCGUCGGCGGCUCGAGCGGCCCUGGAAGAGGAAGACCGCGGAAACUCGUACCGUACAGUAGCCAGCCUCAACUAAUUCCCCACAUGUACCAACCGUUUGAGAGUACGAGAUUCACCAAGAGCUUUGAAAGUGGCAAAGCCAGCAAAUGGGUUUUCGAGCGCAUGCCACCCAAGUCAAAUAGAGGCUGGGGCCCAAGGAUAUAA